AUGAAAACGUUAUUUGUACCACUGCGUAGAUGGCAUAAGCAAUAUUUUGGGGAUAUAUCAGAGAGGAUGAAGAGGUUUGAGGAAGAAUUAAAGAAGGUUGAUGAUAUGAUUAGUAGUGAAAGGCAUGAUGCGAGAAGAAGAAAUAACAGAAUAGAGUCUUUGGUAAUUCAUAAGAAGUUAGUGAGGAAUCAAGCAAGGAUCAAAGUUGUGAUUCGGCACUUUUAUAAACGUCUGUAUCACCAAGAAGCUUCUCCAAGAGUGAGCUUUAGGUAUGGAUUAGUUAAUCGGCUAGAGAAGAAGGAAGCUGAAGCCUUAGAGGUAUUACCAUCAGUAGAGAAAGUGAAAGACUCGGUGUGGGACUGUGAAUCUUUUAAGGCUCCAGGGAGUGAUGGCUACAAUAUGAAUUUCAUAAAAAAGUGUUGGGUUGAUAUUAAAACGGAAUUCACAGGUGUUGUGAUGAGCUUUUUCGAGACAGAGAGAUUACCAGUAGACUUUAACGUCACAUGGAUAGCAUUGGCUCCAAAAUUUGUUGGGGCUAAGGAGAUAAAAGAUCUUAAACCGAUCAGUAUGGUGCCGAAUGCGGUUGCUCGAAGAAUCAUUUCUCUUCAGACGAGAUUCUUCUGGGGAAAGGAGGAUGGACGGCCUGGAAUGGCUCUGGUGAAGUGGGAGAUGAUCCAGACACCUAAGAAGUUAGGAGGUUUGGGGGUGGGUGAUGCGGAAGAUACUUUGGAUGAGGAGCUUCUGAGAUUCAUAUUCACAAAGAAAAUUUAG